AUGAAGAGAUGCUUCAGAACCAACCAGGCCAAGAAUAUCUACAACCGUGCGGAACGAGCUCUUUUACGGGAACGGAUACACGAAACCCGCCGAGAUCUUGCAUAUAUUGACAGUAGACUCUUACCUGUCAAUAUAGAACUAGCCAACAAAAUGCACUGGAUCCAUUGGGAAAAAGUGGAUCGAUUAACAGCUGACCGAAUGAUGGUGACCGAAGCAGCAGCAACUAAUCGCCAAAAGAAGAAGUUUGAUGCGUUGAUGGAAAAGCUUCAACAAUCCAGCAAAACAGGACCAUCACCCGAGGAGAACCAACGGAAGAUUGUAGUCAACUUGACCAGCAAGGAACUUACUGCUGACGAACAAAGCGUGCUGGCCAAGGGAGGAAACUUUGCCAUAGUACCGUCUAGGUUGCCAGUAGAGGACAUUAUAUCGAAU